GCGCAUUCUCUGCCGACCUUACGUCUUUCCCAGCAGGCUCCGGGAGCCACCGCGAGACUUAAACAAUUCUCGCGAGAUUUAUCGGCAGCCAUCUUCUUGGGGGUACUGGGAGCCGGGAAGACCCCCUGAAUCGUUCCCAUUGAGCUGCCCUUUGCCUUCGCUUUCUUUACUUUUGCCUUUUCGACGUAGCCAACAAGCACCUAGUCCCGAGGCUCAGAGAACGCCCGGGUCUAAGCGCGUGUCGCGCUUCCGUUGAGGGUAGAUUUGCUAGGGAAGAGGAAAGGGGGAGGGCCCGGGCAAACCGUUGCUGCUUCAGCCCGGACGGGGUCCGGGGACCGGGAGCUCCUGGAGCCCUCUGAACUUGAGGCCUGCGGCGGUCCCUGCAGAGCUAUUCACCGACCCGGGCCCGCGGGAACCUGCCACCGGCGCCUCCCACCGCGGCCCACGCGGGCGGCGUGCGGAGGAGGGGGCGGGGGCAGCGGCGGCUGUAGCGGCAGCGACCUGGGCGGGCGGAGUGUGACGGGCCUUAGGGCCGCUGUGGAUGGUUUCUAAAAUGAUCAUUGAAAACUUCGAGGCACUCAAGUCCUGGCUCAGCAAGACUCUCGAGCCCAUCUGUGAUGCCGAUCCAUCUGCCCUAGCAAAAUAUGUUCUGGCUUUGGUAAAGAAAGACAAAAGUGAAAAAGAGUUAAAGGCAUUAUGUAUUGAUCAGCUGGAUGUAUUUCUUCAGAAAGAGACACAGAUAUUUGUGGAAAAACUUUUCGAUGCUGUGAAUACAAAGAGUUACCUACCUCCUCCAGAGCAGCCAUCAUCUGGAAGCCUGAAGGUAGAAUUUUUUCCUCACCAAGAAAAAGAUAUAAAGAAAGAAGAGAUCACUAAGGAGGAAGAGCGAGAGAAGAAGUUUUCUAGAAGGCUAAAUCACAGUCCUCCCCAGUCAAGCUCCCGAUACAGGGAAAAUAGAAGCCGUGAUGAGAGGAAGAAAGAUGAUCGUUCUCGCAAAAGAGAUUAUGAUCGAAACCCUCCUCGAAGAGAUUCAUACAGAGACCGGUACAAUAGAAGACGAGGACGGAGUCGCAGUUACAGCAGGAGUCGAAGUCGAAGCUGGAGUAAAGAGAGGCUUCGUGAGAGGGACAGAGAUAGAAGCAGGACUAGAAGCAGAAGCAGAACACGAAGCAGGGAAAGGGAUCUGGUAAAACCUAAAUAUGACCUGGAUAGAACAGAUCCAUUAGAAAAUAAUUAUACUCCAGUCUCUUCGGUACCUAGUAUUUCAUCUGGCCACUACCCUGUACCUACUUUGAGCAGCACUAUUACAGUAAUUGCUCCUACUCAUCAUGGUAACAACACUACUGAAAGUUGGUCUGAAUUUCAUGAAGACCAGGUGGAUCAUAACUCUUAUGUAAGACCACCCAUGCCAAAGAAACGGUGUAGAGACUAUGAUGAAAAAGGUUUUUGUAUGAGAGGAGACAUGUGUCCUUUCGAUCAUGGAAGUGACCCAGUAGUUGUAGAAGAUGUGAAUCUUCCUGGUAUGCUGCCUUUCCCAGCACAGCCUCCUGUUGUUGAAGGACCACCUCCUCCUGGACUCCCCCCGCCUCCACCAAUUCUUACACCCCCACCUGUGAACCUCAGGCCUCCAGUGCCACCUCCAGGUCCAUUGCCACCAAGUCUCCCACCUGUCACAGAUGAUAUUUCUUAUUCUUUGGUUUUGACAGGACCACCACCUCCACUUCCUCCUUUGCAGCCAUCUGGCAUGGAUGCUCCCCCAAACUCUGCAACCAGUUCUGUUCCUACUGUAGUAACAACUGGCAUUCAUCACCAGCCUCCUCCUGCUCCACCCUCUCUUUUUACUGCAGUUUUUGUAUUACCAGAUACGUAUGACACAGAUGGCUACAAUCCUGAAGCCCCAAGCAUAACAAACACUUCCAGACCUAUGUAUAGACACAGAGUGCAUGCACAAAGGCCCAACUUGAUAGGACUAACAUCAGGGGAUAUGGAUUUGCCACCCAGAGAAAAGCCUCCUAAUAAAAGCAGUAUGAGGAUAGUAGUGGACUCAGAAUCAAGGAAAAGAACCAUUGGUUCUGGAGAGCCUGGAGUUCCUACAAAGAAGACUUGGUUUGAUAAACCAAAUUUUAAUAGAACAAACAGCCCAGGCUUUCAGAAGAAGGUUCAAUUUGGAAAUGAAAAUACCAAACUUGAACUUAGAAAAGUUCCUCCAGAAUUAAAUAAUAUCAGCAAACUUAAUGAACAUUUUAGUCGAUUUGGAACCUUGGUUAACUUACAGGUUGCUUAUAAUGGUGAUCCUGAAGGUGCCCUUAUCCAAUUUGCAACAUACGAAGAAGCAAAGAAAGCAAUAUCAAGUACAGAAGCAGUAUUAAACAAUCGCUUUAUUAAGGUUUAUUGGCACAGAGAAGGAAGCACUCAACAGUUACAAACUACUGCUUCAAAGGUAAUGCAGCCUUUAGUCCAGCAGCCUAUUUUGCCUGUUGUGAAGCAGUCAGUCAAAGAGCGACUGGGUCCAGUACCUUCAAGUACUAUUGAACCUGCAGAAGCCCAGAGUGCCACUUCAGACCUUCCUCAGAAUGUAACUAAGUUAUCUGUGAAGGACAGGUUGGGUUUUGUAUCAAAGCCAUCUGUUUCAGCAACUGAAAAGGUGUUGUCAACAUCUACUGGCCUAACAAAAACAGUGUAUAAUCCAGCUGCUUUGAAGGCUGCACAAAAAACCUUACUUGUUUCCACCUCUGCAGUUGAUAAUAAUGAAGCACAGAAAAAAAAACAGGAAGCGUUGAAACUUCAGCAGGAUGUAAGGAAAAGGAAACAAGAAAUUUUAGAAAAGCACAUUGAAACCCAGAAGAUGUUAAUUUCAAAACUGGAGAAAAACAAAACAAUGAAGUCUGAAGAUAAAGCAGAAAUAAUGAAAACUUUAGAGGUUUUGACGAAAAAUAUUACCAAGUUAAAAGAUGAGGUCAAAGCUGUUUCUCCUGGACGCUGUCUUCCAAAAAGUAUAAAAACCAAGACUCAGAUGCAAAAGGAAUUACUUGACACAGAACUGGAUUUAUAUAAGAAGAUGCAGGCUGGAGAAGAAGUCACUGAACUUAGGAGGAAGUAUACAGAAUUACAGCUGGAAGCUGCCAAACGAGGGAUUCUUUCAUCUGGUCGGGGCAGAGGAAUUCAUUCAAGAGGUCGAGGUGCAGUUCAUGGCCGAGGCAGGGGGCGAGGGCGAGGGCGAGGUGUGCCUGGUCAUGCUGUGGUGGAUCACCGUCCCAGGGCAUUGGAGAUUUCUGCAUUUACAGAGAGUGAUAGAGAAGAUCUUCUUCCUCAUUUUGCGCAAUAUGGUGAAAUUGAAGAUUGUCAGAUUGAUGAUUCUUCACUUCAUGCAGUAAUUACAUUCAAGACAAGAGCAGAAGCUGAAGCAGCUGCAGUUCAUGGAGCUCGUUUCAAAGGACAAGAUCUAAAACUGGCAUGGAAUAAACCAGUAACUAAUAUUUCAGCUGUUGAAACAGAAGAAGUUGAGCCUGAUGAAGAAGAAUUUCAGGAAGAGUCUUUGGUGGAUGACUCAUUACUUCAAGAUGAUGAUGAAGAAGAAGAGGACAAUGAAUCUCGUUCUUGGAGAAGAUGAUUUGACUGAUCAUUGAUCUACAUAUGCUAGAACUCUACCUGUGUUUCAUUAGUAUUAUCUAAUGUACUUUUACAUAUUUGUAAAAACAAUUUUUGGUAAAAUGUGAUGAAGAUGGAUUUCACAAUUAGACAAAAAAGAAGAAAACUACCUUCUGAUCUUGUAUUUUGAAAGAUUGAUGUUUGCAUUUUAUUUCAGUAAACAGUUGAUGAAGACAUCACACUAGAAAUAUAUGCAAUGUUUUUAUUACAUACUUAUACUGGACAUUACAGAAUUCUUUGGGUUCUUUGUAAUUUAAUGAAUAGGUCUGAAAACUUAUGACCAAUACUUGUUAUAACUUAGAGGAUUUUGUUUUAUUCCAAAUAAGGAAUGAAUUUGCAUUUAAAAUCUUAAUGAAUGUUUUCAAAAAUGAAUAGAUAACAUAGUACUCUAACUGAAGUCUCCAAGUUAUGUAUUAUAAUAUUACAUAGUAGUAUGCUUAGGCUUUACUAUGUAUUAGCCUUUUGUUGGACUGUGUAUGUAUUUUACCAUAUGGGUUUUAAAGAUAAUGGUGUAUGACUGCUUUACAUGAGUCCUUAUGCAUCUGGAUGUUAUAAUAAAGUGGAAUGGUCUCUUAAAAAAAAAAAAAAAAGAAAAGAAAAAAAAGCAAUGACAAAAAAGAAAAAGCCAAGACAAUGUUUCUUGAUUAAAAAAAAAAAAGAAAAAAGAUAAGAAAAAAAUUAAAAUAGACCAUUCCAGAUGGUGAUCUACCCUCCCCCCCAAUUAUCACAAAAAGAGCUAUAAUCACUAACUUAAUCUUAAUAGUAAUGGUUACUGGUACCCUUACAAUAAUGUACAACCCAAUGUUUAAAAAUUAUACCACUUAAGUUUGGUUUGAUCCUAUAAAUUUUCAACAAAUGUCUUAAAAUUUAAAAGCAGGCUGAUUAGUUUGGAACCAGACUACAAGUAGAGCUAACAUUUGGUGAAUAAGAAAACAUCACAUUACAUUUUGGAUGUAUGAAAGAAAACUUGACCAUUUGAAGAUAUAUGAAUAAAGAAAUGUACUAUAGAUACUACUUUAGGAAAACACUGUUUGGUAAGUGUUCCAGUCUGAUAUUUUAAGUGUGUAUUUCCUAUACUUGUAUAAAAAUCUUUGAUGUUUGCAACAAUACUGUGAUUCUUUUAAGUGGAUUUCUUUUGCAAGUGAACAUGAUCAUUGAAAGUUGAUGUAGCAGUUUCCAGGAAAUAAACUCAUCUUUGUAGAAUUGGGGUGGGGGAUUACAUAUUUAUAUUUUAAAAUUUAUCAUUUCGAUUGCAAGUGUUUCUGCCUCUCUUGAGAUUAUAGUGAUAAUAUUAAAAAAAUCACAUUUAAAAAAUUACUUUCUUCCAUAUUGGGGUCUUCACAAUCAAAAGCUAUUGUUCCACCACCACCAUAGUCUUCUGCCAUUGGAGUAACUUAAGGAUGCUUCAUUUUUCUUCUUGCCCAUACACCCCUACUUGGGGUUGAAGUUAUGUAUAUUUUCUUGAUGGUAACAGUAUUUCAUAGGAACUCUUUGGCUUGCAAUUUGUGUAUACGUUUAUGUUUAAAAUUUCAAAAUCAGAUUUCAGUUGUCAAAAUAGUGACUUUGCUCAAAAAGUCAUUAUUUUUACUUCUGUAGUUAAAGAUCUAUUUUUAUGUAGUCUCUUGUAUGUUGACUAUGUGCUAUUCUGAUUCAUUAGGUAAGUUUGUUUUCUUUUCUUUUUAGUAGUCGUGAAAGGUGCCAAAUUGGCAGAGGCUCACGUUUCUUCUCUUUACACCAAACAGAGAGAGAUCAUCAUUGCCUGAAUUUAGCUUUGUGACUGCGAGAACAAGACCAGUUCCUGUCUGGAGACGACUGUUAUAAUAAUACCAUCCUAUUAUUUUAUGUUCACUCUUUAUCAAUUUGAACAGAUGUUUACAUGUACUAUAAUUAGCAUUUUAUCUCUACAGUUCUCUAAGAGUACAUCUGAGUCCAAAGUGUAUCUGAAUGUGUGCUCUGACCUUAUUCUUAAAUGUUUUCUCCCCGUACUUUAUAGCCAUUUAUUUUUUAAACACCUUAAGAAAGAACGAAAAAUUUCUCUUGGAUGACAUAUAUUUCAGUCUGAGCCAAAUUGAGGAUUGUGUCUAGGAAAUCUGUAAAGCCAUGCUACUGUGUUCUUUAGCAUGAACAAUUUAAAAUGAAAAUGAAUUAAAAAGUUAAACAUGACUUUGGUUUUAAUUUUGGGGGGUCUUAAGAUAUAUUUCUGCGAGUAGGAUAGCCACUUGAAAUAAUUUUGUAUUGAUGAUAAAGUACUUUUUUAUGUACUGUAAUAGCUUGUGCAUUUCUUCUAAAUAUACUUUCUGAUAUUGUUGCUAAGGCCAUUUACCCAAAUAUUUUUUAAAAAAAUUCUUAGCUCUUCAAAGCCAACAAUGAAAAUAAUUUUCUUCCAAGUGACAAAUGAUGAUCUUGUGGGUUAUAAAUAUUUUAAAAAUCUAUUAAAUGUCUUAACGUAAUUUUUUCACAUUUUUUUGACUCUCAAUCAAGACAUCAAAGACAAUUUUUAAAGCAAGAGGAAAUAGUGUUGUGUGCCUAACAUUGGUAAAGACUGGUUUUUAACCAUUUUAAGAAGUGUAUGUCCAGAUCGUUUAUAAACAGUAUGGCUUAGAAUUACUUAUAAAGAAUAUGAUUAAAUCUCAUCCUAAAUAUGUACCCACAAUAUCCCUUUUAUAAUAGGCAUCAUAAGAAAUGUUUUAACUUAGUUUCUGAGUAUUCCUUCAUAGAUCUCAGGAGGCAUUUAAGAAGUUGGAAGCUAUGCUUGGUAGUAACUAUAUUAGAAAAGUCCAGUUUACACUGACAUACUUAGUCACUUUCUUUUGUGUGAAGCUGAAUAUUCUGCAAACUUUUAUUUUUCCACUUGAGUAUGCAUUGCAUUUGUCAUCAUGAAAAAUAAAAAGAAGGUAAUUAACCCAUCAGUCAUAAUGUAAAUUAUCUGUUUUGAUCCACAUUGGUUGGACAGAGCAUGGUUAAUUCUAGGCUUGGUUAAAGAAAAAGUACAUAUUUUGAAAAGUCUUCAUAUGUACUUAGGACCCAGUAGCUUACUAGGCUUUUUCUUUUUUAAAUUGUUAGACUUUUGGUUAACAUUUACAAACUAGCCACAGGGUGUUCAUAAAUACUUUCCCAAAUAAGUUGAGUAUUUUAAAUUGUGAACAGGGAAUUUUUUUGUCCCUACAACAGUGGUUUGCUGCUAGGGUAAAGACGUUUGUCUGACGACACUAUACUUAGUGUUAACAAUAUUGAUUGGUUAAUGGAUAUAUGGACCACAUGCCACUACCUGCAACUUUGUCAUCCUGGUGUUCUCGUUUUUCAUUUUUUUGCUUUUAAAAUUAAAAACAAAGCAAAACAAAAUUGAAGAUGCCAUUGAGAAUCAGAAGUCAAGAUGAUUUGAUUCUCACCAAGAUAACUGUGCUUUUUGAAAAUUGCUGUGAGAUCUAGUCAGUUACACAUUUAAAAUUCUCAUGUGUUGAUUAAAGAUUUUCAUUAUUUUCCUGACUAGGCUUCUCAUGGAGCUAUUGUAGAUAACUGUACAGAAUCACUUUUGUGUAAUUGAUUGAAGCUAUUUACCUCUGCAUGAUUGCAUAAUGAAAGCCUUUUAUACAUCUUUAUAUUUUUCAGUAUACUUAGAUUUUACACUGUUAAGCUGCUCUAGUCAUGCUAUAUUUUUUUAAUAGAGUUUAUAAAUAUUUAUGCUCAAACUACAGAUCAACUCAAUAUUUUUGGUCUUGUUUACAAGAUAAAUCAUACUUUAAAAUGAUAGAGGCCCCUCAAGUGUCUUAGGAAAAAGUUAUUGGUGCUAUAAAACCUUUCAGUAUCAUUUUUGAACCCAUUGUCCAGACUUUGCUAGGUUUUAAUCUGAUUGCUUGUGAUUUAUUAUAAUCUAGCAGCAUAAUUAUAAAAAGUAGUCUGUGCUGAGUCAGAUAAAGAGCCCAGCCCAUUAGAAACAAUCAUAAUUUAAGAACAUGAUGCAGAAUGACCACACACUUACUUGUGCCCAGCUUCCCAAAAAGAAAAUUGUUGAGGAAGGCAGUUAAUUUGGCUAGAAUCCAAAAAUUCAUUCAGCAAGGCUGUUUUCCCUUAUUUCAAAUGAAAACUUUCUAGUACUAAAAUACAUAAUCCUGCUUUGCUUUAAAUUCUCAUCUAUCCUUCACUCAACAAGGAGUCAUCGUAAUUCUUAAAUAUUUACGGAGCAUUUUUUGAAUUAUAAAGAGUUGUAUUACUACAUUGUAGGUUUUUGCAUUGAUGUGUCGAUUUUUUUGUUUUGUCCCCAAGAUUUCCUUUCAGCACCUUAGUGAAUGUUCAUAUGAUAAAAUGUUUUAAGUAUCAGCAAAGCAUUCAUGGAUGCCUGCUUUUGAUUCUCAGAAGCCUAAACCUGUUUUGGGUGUGAUGUUACUUCAGAACAUUUUGUCUGGCACAAGAAUUCUUCUAAUAAGUGGUUUAUUUUAACUCAAUUUUAGUGGACUGUUGAAUUGAAAAACACCAAAGGAGUCUUGUCUUGUCUGGAGACUGGAUUGUUCCAGGUCUAAAUACCUGUGCCCAUAAGUAUCCCAUUUCAUGAAUGUGUGUUGGUUGGCAUAGGGAAAACAAAUUUCCGGCUCUUUGAGUGGAGCGAAAGCAGUUGGUUAAGCUGUAGCAGCUUUUUUGUUUAUUUUUUUUAAGUGACCAUAAAACUUGAACUGAAAAAAGAUAAAACUUGAACUAGAAAACUACUCGUACGCUUAGGAUGUUUAUAGUAAUAAAUGUUUAUGUGGGGUUGUCAACAUUUUUAUUAUUUAUAGUUGAAUUUUGUUUGUUAUCCAUAUUGUUUAUUUUUAUAUUUUGAAAAAUUUUAAAAUAAAAUAGUCUUACUAAAAAC